AUGGCGGGGCGGGCGGUGCUGCGGGAGGGAGGAGAUGCAAGCAAAGGAAGCAAUGCAAAACUUUUUGUUGUGAUACUGGCCUGGAAGGUUCAUAACAUUGAUCUAAAAAGUGGUCUGGAUAUCGAAGAGCCCACGGAGCUAGAAUUUGGAGCAUGCACAGUUACAUGUGGGAUUGGCUUUCGAGAAGUUCUGCUAACCAAGGGGUGCCCCUUGUCUGAAGCAAAAUGUAUUGUCCGUGUGGAGGAAUGUCGGGGGCCAGCAGACUGUGGAUGGGGGAUACCAAUUCCUGAAGGCUCUGCCUGCGUGAAGAUGCUUUGUAUUUCUGUACCUCCUGAAAAUAGAUUUACAUAUGUUUGGAAGAUAUUCGUUGCAGAUGAGGCAGUACACAUUGUCCCCCAUGAUUCAGCUGUUAUGGAAGCUUGCAGAGAUACCCAUUCAGCUACUUUCCAGUGUGAAACUCAAGAAAAUGGAACUGUCAUUGCCUCUGUAAAAUACAGAGUCUGUGCAGCAACGGCAUCCAAAACCAGCCAUGGAGAUUUCAGCCAGCAUGAACUGGCUGGUGUGGUGUGGCUGCUCCUCAAAAAAAAGACAAAUGUCCCUCUGAUCAUACUGCUUGUAACUGGAAUCAUUGUGGGUAUUGGUGUGAUCUUUGUCGUCAUCUUUCUGAUUUUUUGCUGGUUUGGAGCAAAAUCUCCCCAGGGUUUAAAAUUUAAGCAGGGCAACGAAUACAGGAGGAUGGUGGAUAAAAGUUCACAGUAUGACAUGGAAUAA